AUGGAUGAAUUACAAAGUCUUUUAAUGUCCCCACCUUCUGCUGUUGAAAACCUUCUUAACCCUGAAAUGGAACAAGAAGUUUUAGAUUAUUUUAGUUCUCUCAAUAACGAUACACCUGUCAAUGUCGAACCUGAUCCACAACCUUCAACUAACAGCCAAAAUCUUGACACUUUACCAGUAUCUACGAAUCGUAGACCUCAACAAUCCUUACCGUCUAAAAAUCUACAUUCUCCUAACGAAAACUUACCUCUACCCGCUGAAUCAAAUUCCAAAACAAUUCAAUCCACUGAAAACCAGGAUAAAUCGCCUGACGAUGACUAUAAAGACUCAUCAACCCCACCAGCAGAAAUACCUACCCCUGAAAUAAUCUCUUCUACCAGAAACAACGAUAGUCGUUCUGAAUCCAGAGAUAUCCCAGCUCCUUCUUUAAGAAGAAAUAUAUAG